CACAGGAGAAAGCAGGAGAACACAGGAGAAAGCAGGAGAAACCAGGAGAAUACAGGAGAAAGUAGGAGAAAGCAAGAGAAUACGGGAGAAACCAGGAUAACACAGGAGAAAGCAGGAGAACACAGGAGAAAGCAGAAGAAUACAGGAGAAAGCAGGAGAACACAGGAGAAACCAGGAGAACACAGGAGAAACCAGGAGAACACAGGAGAAAGCAGGAGAACACAGGAGAAAGCGGGAGAAUACAGGAGAAACCAGGAGAACACAGAAGAAACCAGGAGAAUACAGGAGAAACCAGGAGAACACAGGAGAAACCAGGAGAACACAGGAGAAUACAGG